AUGAUUCGUUAUAUCUCACCCAGAAUUAUGACUUUUAUUUGUGAUUAGUAAAAGAAGAGAAACCAAAUAUAUGCCUAGAACUAGGUAAGUCACAAUCAAAUAAAAGAGAACAAAGCUUCUCAAUCCAUUGCAAUCUUCAAAUUGUAAAUAAGCAUACUAGAUAGAUAAAUACAUUUAAAAUUACACUUAAUCCAAUUAAUACAAUAAUGCUUAAAACAAAUUCCACCUUUUCCGUAAUCUGAAAUAGAUGUUAUUUCCAUCUACCUUAGACUUUAUAAUAUACUGGUAAUUCAAUAGCUCUAUCUAGUAAUAGUAUCGUACAAUUUGUAGAUGGUUACUGAAAAUAAAAAGAUUUCUGUCAAGAGUGACCAAAGGUUUAUUUAUUUACAUUCCUCAUCAUCUGUUGGUCAUAAUUUAUAAUUUACAAUAGAGAUGUCUAAAUGA